AUGAGAAAUAGGGAGGGUAAGGAUAGUAUGUUUCGAUUCGCGGAUGGGAAGGACAAGUUGUUAAUGUUGUUAGGGACAAUGGGAAGCAUUGGAGAUGGAUUGCAGUAUCCUCUUAUGAUGUAUGUUCUUAGCAAUGUGAUCAAUGACUACGGAAAUCCUGCAAAAAGCCUUUUGUCUAAUGAUGAUGUAGACCAGUAUGCUCUGAGGCUGCUAUAUGUUGCAAUUGGAGUUGGUCUUUCUGCUUUUGUUGAAGGAAUAUGUUGGACAAGAACAGCAGAGAGACAGACUUCUAGAAUGAGAACAGAAUACCUGAAAGCUGUCCUGAGACAAGAAGUCGGUUUCUUUGACACCCAAGAACAAGGUUCUUCGACAACUUUCCAAGUUGUCUCAACCAUCUCCAAUGAUGCCAAUUCAAUCCAAGUUUCCAUAUGCGACAAGAUACCCAACUGCCUUGCAUACAUGUCAACAUUCAUCUUCUGCCUCCUAUUAUCCUUCAUACUCUCUUGGAGACUGACAUUAGCAGCUAUUCCAUUGACACUGAUGUUCAUAGUUCCUGGCCUCAUGUUUGGGAAGAUGAUGAUGGACGUUAUAAUGAAAAUGAUUGAAUCUUAUGGAGUUGCAGGUGGGAUUGCAGAACAAGCAAUUUCUUCCAUAAGAACUGUAUAUUCAUAUGUCGCAGAGAAUCAAACACUGAUAAGGUUCAGCAAUGCUCUUCAGACAACUAUGGAGUUGGGAAUAAAGCAAGGUUUCAUUAAGGGUUUGUUGAUGGGAAGCAUGGGAAUGAUUUAUGUAGGAUGGGCUUUUCACGCUUGGGUGGGAACUUACUUAGUCACUGAGAAAGGAGAAAAAGGUGGCUCUAUUUUUGUUGCUGCAAUCAAUGUAAUCAUGGGAGGAUUGAGUGUUUUGGGAGCACUACCAAAUCUAACUUCCAUCACUGAGGCAACAGUUGCAGCUACUCGAAUCUUUGAAAUGAUUGAUCGGAACCCAACUAUAGACACAGAGGAUAGAAAGGGAAAGGCUUUGUCAUACGUAAGAGGAGAAAUUGAAUUUAAGGGCAUCUACUUUAGUUAUCCAUCAAGACCAGAUACACCAGUCUUACAAGGGUUAAAUAUGAGGGUUCCAGCUGGUAAAACUGUCGGUCUUGUGGGUGGUAGUGGCUCUGGAAAGUCCACUACCAUUGCGUUGCUGCAAAGAUUUUAUGAUCCUAUUGAAGGAGAAGUUUUCUUGGAUGGAUAUAAAAUAAGGAAACUUCAGCUGAAAUGGCUGAGAUCCCAAAUGGGUCUAGUUAAUCAAGAACCAGUCCUCUUUGCAACAUCUAUUAAAGAGAACAUAUUGUUUGGGAAGGAAGGGGCUUCUAUGGAUGAUGUGAUCAGUGCGGCUAAGGCUGCCAAUGCACAUGACUUCAUCACCAAGUUGCCAGAAGGAUAUGAAACUCAAGUUGGUCAAUUUGGAUUCCAGUUGUCAGGUGGGCAAAAGCAGAGGAUUGCCAUAGCAAGGGCUCUAAUCAGGAACCCAAAAAUCCUGCUGCUUGAUGAAGCCACUAGUGCACUGGAUGCACAAUCUGAAAGAGUGGUACAGGAUGCAGUUGAUCAGGCAUCAGUGGGGAGGACAACUAUCAUCAUUGCUCACCGCCUGUCCACAAUACGAGCAGCAAACCUGAUUAUGGUUUUUAAAGCUGGUAAAGUGAUAGAAUCUGGUUCCCACAAUGAGCUGAUGAACCACAGAGAGGGUGGUGAAUACUACCAGAUGGUAGAACUGCAGCAGAUGUCAUCCCAAAGUGACACUUCUUAUGAAUUCAGCCAUCAUAUAGAUGCAAGGAGUCUCUAUAGGAUGAGUGUUGCACAAAGUCCCAUGAGUGUCAGGUCAAGUGCCCCAAGCACACCAGUAAUUCACCCCAUCAGCCCGGCACUUUCCAUUGGUACACCCUAUUCCUACACCAUCCAGUAUGAUCCUGAUGAUGGAAGUUUUGAAGAUGACAUAAACGAAUCAAGUUAUGCUCCUCCCUCCCAAUGGCGUUUGCUCAGAAUGAAUGCACCUGAGUUGGGGCAAGCAUUGCUAGGAUGCAUAGCUGCAAUAGGUUCUGGAGCAGUUCAACCCAUUAAUGCCUAUUGUGUGGGUUCUCUUAUAUCAAAUUUCUUCCGCUCUGAAAAAUCCGAGAUCAAGCAUAGAUCAAGAAUCUUGUCUUUCGCUUUCUUAGGCGUUGCAGCUCUCAGCUUCACCUCCAGUCUCCUCCAACACUACAGUUUUUCUGUCAUGGGAGAAAAACUGACCAAAAGGGUGCGUGAAAAACUGCUUCAAAAGCUGAUGACAUUUGAGAUAGGAUGGUUUGAUCAAGAAGAGAAUACAAGUGCGGCCAUUUGUGCAAGACUGGCUACUGAAGCAAACUUGGUUCGGUCCCUAGUUGGGGAUCGAAUGUCACUGCUAGCUCAAGCAAUCUUUGGUUCUAUCUUUGCUUAUGCACUAGGACUUGUACUGUCUUGGAAGCUAGCACUUGCGAUGAUUGCAGUACAGCCAUUAGUAAUUGGGAGCUAUUAUGUAAAGAGUGUUCUGAUGAAGAGUAUGGCUGGAAAAGCUCAAAAAGCACAGAAGGAGGGAAGCCAAUUAGCAAGCGAAGCCGUAAUUAACCAUAGAACUAUAACUGCUUUCUCUUCUCAGAAAAGAAUGUUGGGGCUAUUCAAGGACACCUUGAGAGGUCCUAAAGAGGAGAGCGUCAAACAUUCUUGGUUUUCUGGCGUUGGCCUUUUUAGCUGUCAAUUUUUCAACACAGGUUCUACAGCAUUAGGCUAUUGGUAUGGUGGGAGACUCUUGACAAAAGGAUUAAUAACCCCAGAGCAACUUUUCCAAGCAUUUUUAAUACUUCUAUUCACUGCUUAUGUCAUUGCAGAAGCUGGAAGCAUGACUUCUGAUUUAUCUAAAGGAAGCAACGCUGUUCGAUCAGUUUUUGCAAUCUUAGACAGGAGAAGUGAGAUUGAUCCGGAUGGCAGUUCGAAUUGGAACCGCGACAUGAAAAAAGGAAUAAGGGGCCGUAUAGAGCUGAAGAAUGUGUUCUUUGCUUAUCCAACUAGACCUGAACAAUUGAUCCUCAAGGGUCUGAAUCUCAGAAUUGAAGCAGGGAGGACAGUUGCACUAGUGGGGCAGAGUGGUUCUGGUAAAUCCACCAUUAUUAGCCUUAUUGAAAGGUUUUAUGACCCAGAGAAAGGAUCGGUAUUCAUAGAUGAACAGGACAUAAAGAGCUACAAUUUGAGAAUGUUGAGGUCCCAUAUUGCAUUAGUCAGUCAGGAGCCAACCCUUUUUGCAGGAACCAUCCACGAAAACAUUGCCUACGGAGAAGAAAAUGUUAAAGAAUCCGAGAUUAAGGAGGCUGCAGUUACCGCCAAUGCUCAUGAAUUCAUAAGUGGAAUGAAAGAUGGAUACGACACUUACUGUGGAGAAAGAGGAGUUCAGCUCUCAGGAGGUCAAAAACAAAGGAUUGCUCUUGCUCGCGCAAUUCUGAAAAACCCAGCAAUCCUCCUAUUGGAUGAAGCUACCAGUGCUCUAGACAGUGUAUCAGAAAGCUUGGUGCAAGAAGCCCUUGAAAACAUGACGGUUGGCAGAACAUGCGUAGUUGUUGCUCACAGGCUCUCCACAAUACAGAAAGCAGACACCAUUGCUGUUAUUGAAAAUGGGAAAGUUGCAGAACAAGGUUCACACAAUGAACUCAUGUCCUUAGGCCGCGCUGGAGCUUACCAUUCCCUUAUUAAAUUACAAGGCGGCAGCUCCACUUACCAGUAAACUCAAGCAAAUCCGACUGCAAACCAUCUAUUUUUGUUGCAUG